CUUCCGGGUUUUGACAACCCAAUCAUUUACAGCUAGGCUGUUAAUACUGCCGAGACAUAUAUCAUAUUCUCACGUAUUCUUUCAGCGCGCUCCACCCACAUCUAUCAUCGCAGGACGAUUUCUGUUAUUACCACCUAAUCAAUCUUCCCAAUCGCUUUACUGUCGUUGACUGUUAUUAUGAACGCUACAUUCAGCCUUUCCACCACUCUUGCUCAAGCUAUCGCUUAUCUCAUUCGACCUCUUACCGUUAUGCACCCUACUGCGACCAUCAACAGGCUUCAAUCUGUACUUGAGGCGAACUUAACCGCACUGUUCGCCCCGACAUGGACUCCCAAUGAACCGCUUCAUGGUUCCAGCCAGCGUUGCCUCACCCUCUCCCCUAAUUGCCUCCCUCCACGUGCUAUAUAUACAGCGUGCCUUGCAUCCAACAUUCAGUGGUUCGACUGGAUUGCAGCCUUGGGCGGACGUGAGUUUGACUUCCGUGUCGAUCCAGGAUGCAUCUCUGUGCAGUUCGGGAAGGGUACUAGGCUCAUUACGAUCUGGUCGGAGGAGCUGGUAGCUGAGGCUGUAUCUAGGCGUCAUACGCCUUUUAGCCAACUGCCACUUAACAACUCAAGGUCCAAGACACUUUCCCAGCAGCUCUGGGAAAAUGAUUACACAGAGGAUGAAGAAAUUUUCGCCUUGCUCGCUGACGAAAUCAGUGCACCCACAUGGACGAUUCCUGUCAUUCACCGUUUCCCUGCCCCUACACGUUUGAAAUCGCCCCUCUCCGAUAUAUCUACCGAUCUGUGCUCCAGUUAUUGCUCGUCUGACUUGUGCUCCUCUUUCUCUACUACGGCUGCCUCUACCUUGUCGUCCAAGAAGAGCAACAACCAGUCAUUCCGACUUACCCGCCGCGAGAAGGCAAGGCAGGUUCGUGUCUUUGUAGACACUUCCAAGACGGAAGUUAUUCCCUAUGACGGUGGCAAGACCACAGUCCUCACAGGUGGUGUGAUGCUGGGAGCUGCACCUCCCAAGGGCAAGAGCAGCCCGUCUACUCCUGCUUGGCGCCGCGCAUAAACGACUCCUUUGAUUAUCCAGCCGACGAACUCCCCCGCGGGAUCACACUAUACGCCCAUUUACGCCCCGCACACUCAACGAAAGCCAAUCCAAACAAUCUUCACUACCCACUAUCAUACCAUACCAUUUAACGUCUACUAUACCGCAUCUGUAAUGCAUUUAUUACUUUGUUUUCGUAACCCUGAUUCGAUGGAGAUGUAGCAUCUUAGUUUUUCAGAUUGUUUUCAAAAUUCGGACAUGUCUGAAUUCAUCGUUGCACUUUUAUUAGCUAUCAAUUUGCUGUUAGCUCAUCGUCUUCGAGAGGCCUGGGCAUUAAUAUUGAUAGUACGUCCUGCACCAUGCCAGAGAUAAUGGAUGGUAAAUUAGACAAUAUCUAUCAGGAUCCUCAUUAUGAUGCACUGUAACCAUUUUAACUAC